CCGUACUUGCUUGUUUCAGGCUCGGAUUGAGCGGAUGGAGGAAGCGCAGAAAGAGCGAGAGGAAUAUGAGAAGGCAUGCGGGGAUUGUAAGCGUAAACUCAGUGAGUGCCAGAAGAAGUUGAAGGAUUUGCAGCUGCUGGAAACAGAUGAUGCAAAGAAAGAGAUUGAAAAGUUACAAUCUGAACUCAAACAACUGAAAAAGGAGGAGAAGGAAUGGGAUAAGAAAGGGACAUCGCUGAAGAAGAAAGAAAAAGCAAUGCCCUGGAAUGUAGAUACACUGAGUAAAGAGGGAUUCAGCAAGAGUGUUAUCAAUAUAACUCCAGAAUCGAGCAAGGUCGAAACAGAGGAAGACAAAGAAAAAAAACAUAAGACAUUUGUUGAAAAAUAUGAGAAACAGAUCAAGCACUUUGGCAUGUUAAGUCGUUGGGAUGACAGCCAGAAGUACCUAUCUGAUAACCCGCACCUUGUGUGUGAGGAGACUGCCAACUACCUUGUCAUCUGGUGCAUUGAUUUAGAAGUUGAAGAGAAGCAUGCCCUGAUGGAGCAGGUAGCUCACCAGACCAUCGUGAUGCAGUUUAUCCUGGAAUUAGCCAAGAGCCUUAAGGUGGAUCCCAGAGCUUGUUUCCGACAGUUCUUCACCAAAAUCAAGACAGCAGAUAAACAAUACAUCGAGGCAUUUAACGAUGAGCUGGGAGCGUUCAAGGAGAGGGUUAAAGGUCGAGCUCAGGCAAGGAUCGAGAAGGCGAUGAAGGAAUAUGAAGAGGAGGAACGACAGAAGCGGCUGGGACCUGGUGGGCUUGAUCCUGUGGAGGUCUACGAAAACCUUCCUGACGAGAUGAAGAAUUGCUUUGAUUCAAAAGAUAUCCAACUUUUACAGGAUGUCAUUAGCAAAAUGGACCCAACGGAAGCCAAGUACCACAUGCAACGCUGCAUUGACUCUGGGCUGUGGAUUCCAAAUGCAAAGGCUGCAGAGGAGGAAGGAGAGAAGAGCAAGGAAGAUGAGGAUCCUGUGUAUGAAGAAGUUAAAAAGGAAAGCAGUGAGGAAAAAUAAACUUGUGUUUUGUUUUCAAUAUCUGCUAGUUUUAAGUGCUGUGUUGGGUUACAGACUGCAUCCUGUUCACUGACCCAUAGGGGGUCCAUGUAAGUUCAAUAUCCCGAUCUAUUGAAUGGAAGAUUAAAGUCCUAUAUGAAUCAACUGCUUUUUGUAUGAAAACAUACACAAGAUUUGAGAGCAUGCAGGUUGCCUUACUCCUGUGCAGUAACUGGAUCAGCUGGCAUCUGUGCCAGUGAAACCACCUCCAUUGUCAGACUGUGAGCUGACCUCCCCCAUUGCUUCCUUGAGUCCAUGUGCAUCAUUCCAUGUGGUGCUGAGCCAUACAGCUGGGAAGGUGCCAAGUUACCCAAGUGGGACACUGCAGUGAUGUCCUCAUGAGCAGCUUCCUGAUGAUCUCAGCUGAGGCCUGUGUACUAAGAUUGGUUUUAUGGGAGAGGGACUAUUGAGAGUGAGUGAGCUACUACUGCCUAUGGAACUGGACCCUACACAAAACUUGGGGAAGAGAGAAUUUGGAACAUGGUUUGUUGGAAAUUCUACAAAAUGAUGGGGUGAGAGGCGUCUGUAGGAUUGACUUUGUUCAUAUCUUUGUAAAAUUGGAACAGGAGUACGAAAAUAACAAGUAGAGACCCUAACUAGAAUUAUUGCUGAUACUUAUUGUGUUUCUUUUUAAACCUUGAUGAGCAGUAACUUCAUAUUUGAGUGUUCUUUCUGUAUGACUCCAGAGCCAAAUGUUUAGUUGCUGCAAUCUGAACCCAUUUCUUGAGGUGAGGGAGAUGUAUGCAGAUUGCUGAGUUUUUCAUAGGUUUUCAGUUUGAGUUUGGGCGAGGGAUUUGCAUCAAUUUCAACAUGGGCUUUUAUAUUCAGUUCUUGUGAAAUACUGUGCUGAAACCACAAUAGUGUUCUCUACGUUGAGUUUAACUCCUUCCCUUUGUGUCUCAACUUUUCAUGAAUCCUAUGUACUGCACCGAUUAGAUUGGGGACACUUGUUCUGUUGGGGCCAAUGUUGCUGAUACUACCUGAUAGUAUGACCUGUUUAAUCUGGGCUGGUUGCUGCUAGUGAGUGAGGUAGUAAACGUAACCUUAAGUUUCUUGUUAUUGGUCACCAUGAAUGCAAAUAAAAUAUGAUGCAGUAAA